AGAUGAGGCCUCACACCCCAGCUUGUCUCCUACUGAUUUUUCUUAUUCUUUUUGGACCAAGUUGCUCCUUCAAGUUACGACAUGAGCAUUUGGACCAGAAUCAGAACCUUGAGUCCAGACUCCGGAAAAGCAGUACUUGCAUUGGUUGUGUUCUUCUAGUGUCCAUAACUGAACAGCUUGCUCAAGUACACAACAGUUCAAUACAGGAGGCCAUGGUCUUACUGUGUUCCUACUUGCCAAGUGAACCAAAUUUAAGUGGUAUAUGUGCCUUGUUAAUUGAACUGUUUGGAUCAGAUCUAAUCAAGUUGCUCAAUUAUAAAUUGAAUGGCGAUAUAGUAUGUCACGCCCUGAAGUUGUGCAAUAAUGUUCCAGGGGAGCCCAUUUGUCACCUAUACCAAACGCCAAAGGGUGGGUUGAAGAGGGCCUUCAAGGAAGCAGAGAAGAUCGUUAUGCAGUCCAACACUGUCAUGAAAAACGCAGAUGUCAUUUCUGAUGUCUUCCUCAAGUUGUGCUCCCUUCCGAUUUUACGAAGUAUCUGUGAAACAAUGGAAUCGUCAGUUCCACUGGAAGAUUUUGACCACGACAACUUUAGUUUUUUUCCGACUUUGAGAGGAUAUCACUGGAGAGGAAGAGAUUGUAAUGAUAUGGACAAGUCCGUUUAUCCUGGAAAGAGGCCAAAGGAUUGGGAUGCACUAGAAGAUUCAAACUGCAAUGGCAUAUGGGGUUUUGAUCCGGAAGAUGGAAUUCCUUAUGAGAAAAAGUUCUGUGACGGAACUGAUGCAAAAGGUAUCAUAAUAAUAGGGGAUUCUGCUGCAGCCCACUUUCACAUACCUAUGCAGUGGCUGAGUGCAAUAAACAUGUCUAAGGAAACAUUUGCUGAUCUACCACUGGCUCUUUCCAAUGAACUUGAUUGGCCACAGUUCUCUCUGUACACUGGGUUCCAAAACGCCACAAUCGGCGGCUGGACAAAAUCAUUAUAUUUACAGUUAAGAAAAUGGAACCGUUGUAACCACAGGGAUUACCAGAACAUAGCUAGAAACGGUGGUUCAUCUCACAAUGUGUAUCAGUAUGUGGAAAGUUUGGCAAGAAACCAGGAACUGGACAAACCUGUAGUUGUGUUCUAUGCUAUGGUUGGUAAUGAUGUGUGCAACAGCAAUCAAGACACACUGAAAUACAUGACUACGCCACAAGAAAUGAAAUCCAACGUCUUAACAACACUUGAAUACCUGGAUUCUCGACUGCCGAAUGGAAGUCAUGUGGUUUUAGUGCAAUUAGCAGAUGGACGGUUCUUGUGGGAUUCCAUCCAUGACCGUUAUCAUCCGAUUGGGCAAUUAAACAAGAAUGUGAAAUAUAAACACGUGUACAAUUUCCUGAGCUGUCUUAAGAUCAACCCAUGUGAAGGAUGGAUGACCGAGAAUGAAACACUUCGCAAUUUAACCACUGAGAGAGCUGAUCAGCUUUCCAGCGUUCUUUCUGAAAUAGCAUCAUCCUACAAGUUUAAACACUUUAAAGUAUUUUACUUUGAUAAUCUAUACCAAAAAGUGACUGUGGAAUGGAGCAAAUUAGGAAGGGAACCAUGGGAGCUGAUAGAACCAGUAGAUGGAUUCCAUCCAAGUCAGAUUGCAUCUGCAGUCGGAGCGGAAAUCAUCUGGAAGGAAGCUUUACUAAAGUGGCCGGAACUUUUUGGAAAGGAGAAUGCACACAAUAAAGAAAUUACCGCAAAAUUUGCAGAUCAAGGAGGACAUUGAGUUGAAAGAAUGCGCAGAAGAUUUAAUGACAUCCGUGCGCAACUUGCAGCUUGCUCAUAGGCAAUCAAUCCCCGUGAAAUCUCUCUGGUUUUGCCUUGAAGGCUAUAUUGAUGGUAGCCAAUUACCAGCUCUCUGGGGAAUUGUGUAAUCUCUGGCUGGAAGGGGUUUCCACUUUGUUCGGACCACCUAUGCCUUGCCUAUCGCUCUACAAUUUUCCCACUUAUUGCAUGCUAGCUCGAUGUCUACCCCCACCAAAACUACCUCCAAAAUGACAUUAUGGUUUCUUUUAAUGUUUACUUCUACAAUACUAAGGCUUAGUCAAUUGAUGUCUUUUCAACACAACCAUGACUUGAAAGUACAUUAUGGUUUUAUUCCACUGAGCAUUGUCCUCAAGGUCUGGGAUCCUAAGUACAUUGACCAUGGACUUAACCAUGUCCUGGAAAAAAAAGUUCUAUGUCAGAUUAUAUGUAAACAACAUUAGGUCAUCAGACCAUACAAGGCCAAAUAUGAUUGAUUUAAAUUGAGAAAUGAAUAAAUGGUACAUUUUGCAAUAGUGCUAGGAAAUGUUUUUCUAGCACAACCAUAACUUAAAUAGAAAAUAGACAUAUGUUUAUUAAAGUUUGGACACUUUUUCUCAGAGGUCUGAAUUAAAAUAUUAACCCCUUAAGGACAAUGGGCGGUCCCUAAACCCAUUGAAAACAAUGCAUGUACGGGCUUUGUCAUUAAGGGGUUAAAGAGAAGGUUUUAAGAAAAAUAAAGAUCAGUCUAUGAUUCUACUUAUAGAA